GAGAUUAAGCUUGGCAGUUUCUCUAGUCAUUGUUGUAAAGGUUGAAGGUUGCUUUGUCCAUAAUGCAAACAUUGAUUGCAUGGGUGGUUUGCGCACUGGUAGCCAGUGUGGUGAGCCAAGAGGUUCUACAGAAUGGAGGGUUCGAGUCUCUCGACCAUUGGGACUGCUGGAGUCCUGUUCAGUGCAAAAUCGUGACUGACAGCCAUUCUGGCGCUGGUGCUAUGGAGGUACAAAACAGGAAGAAAUACUGGCAAGGGCCGUCACAAUAUAUCAACGUGACACGAGGGACUGGCUACGAGGUGUCCGCCCACAUCAAACUACAGAACGACCGGGGUAUCGGACACAGAGUGGAGCUGCAGGUGGUGUUUGAGAUGACAGACGGCACACAUGAGUACAAGAGAGCAGCUAGCCAAGAGGGCACUAGAGUGUCUGACGGAUGGAUUCAUCUGAUCGGCUUGUUUUAUGUUCCUAAUAAAGAUGUCAGGCUGGCUAGAAUCCAUUACCAAGGACCAGAGGAGGGCAUCAGUUUUGUCGUCGACGACGCUUCAGUCAAGCGCAUGCCCGCGGGUGCUGCUGCUGCUGGGGUGAGCAGCGAGAUCGACAGACUGAGAAGAAGCGACAUAGUGGUUCAAGUGAAUGUUAAUGGGAAUAUCAACAAAGGUGAAGUAAGCGUACGGGUUGUACAAAACAAGAAAUCCUUUCCUUUCGGAGCCGCAGCUGCCGCCACAUACUACAACGAUGGGUCGAAGACAGCAUACCGAGAUUUCCUCCACCAGCACUUCAACUGGGCACAGCCGGAAUUCGAACUCACGUGGUCUUACAUCGAACCUACCAGGGGGAAAACAAAUUAUCAGCCUUGCCUGUCCAUGAUUCACGGAUUGAGAAAUCAUGGGAUGAAGGUGAGAGGUUACAACCUGCUCUUUUCUGACGGGGUAUGGCUGCAGAACUGGGUCAAGGCUCUGAAUGGGGAUGAGCUUCGAAAGGUUGUCCAUGACCACAUUGUGGAAACCGUCAACACAUUCAAGGGCUUAGUGGAACAUUGGGAUGUGAUAAACGAGAACCUACGCGGCAAGUGGUUCCAGAAUCAGCUACACGAUCCAAAGUACGACUUGGAGAUCUUCCGCAUCGCACACGCCACCGACCCCAACGUUAAACUCUUCCUCAACGAGUUCGGCGUGGUUGCCAACGAAUAUUUAACCAACGACUAUGUCAAGGAGGGUCAACGGUUUAAGGCCGCAAACGUUAGUCUGUAUGGUUUGGGUGCCGAGUGCCACUUUGGCUAUGAAGUUGACCCAGACCCCACCGCUAUCAAGGAACGUCUGGAUACUUUAGCUCGUGGAGUGCCUAUCUGGGCCACCGAGUUGGAUGUGGUAGCUUCGGAUGAGAACAAACGAGCGGACUUCUACGAGCACGCGCUGACAGCUCUGUACAGCCAUCAUGCCGUGGAGGGCAUCAUCUUGCUGAGCUACUGGGACAAACAAAUAUGGCGGGGGGACAAAGCUGCUCUCGUCGUCGGGGACAACCUGCAGCUGACGGCCGCCGGACGUCGCGUGCUGGAGCUCCUUGAGCACAGGUGGAUGACAGACGAGACGCACAACCUGUCAGCGGGCACCCAGUUCACAGUACGCGGUUUCCAUGGCGACUACGAGGUGCACGUGAUCUACCAAGGUCAGGAGCGCACCAACCUGAAGCAGACGUUCACGUUGGGCAACGCAGCCCACACCGUCAACAUCAACAUUAGCUAGAGCGACACUCGUGGGCAAUAAAGUUGAACUUAAUCUUUGGA